CAAAAAUGGAGCUGACAGGGAAUGGUUUGUCGGGAGACUUGGAUUUGUGAUGUGAGACAAGACAGCGCUGAGCUCCCGCCGAUUAUUCUAGGGGGACAAAACAGCUGAAUGUUUUCCAGAAUUUCAUGCUGAAUGCUCUCCAGAAAGGAAGAGAAACAUGCCUCCUUUUCGGAGAGGUGGCCAAGGAUCACCAAGUUCAUCCUGUCCGCCUGCGCCGCUUCUGUGGCGGAACUAGUGACUUUCCCUCUGGACCUCACAAAGACCCGGCUACAGAUCCAAGGUGAAGCUCCUGUACGUAACUAUGAAGAUGCAAGAAGGGGAACGGUCCCCUACCGUGGUAUGCUACGUACAGCAGCCGGGAUAGUCCGAGAGGAAGGGGUGCUGAAACUCUGGCAAGGAGCAACGCCGGCGGUUUACAGACACAUAGUGUACAGUGGAGUGCGCAUGGUUGCGUAUGAACAUCUUCGCGAUUCUGUGCUUGGCCGAGCUGCGGACGGGAGCUUUCCUCUAUGGAAAGCUGUCGUGGGCGGCAUGACGGCUGGUGCCAUCGGCCAGUUCUUUGCCAGCCCAACAGACCUGGUGAAAGUGCAGAUGCAGAUGGAAGGAAGGAGAAAGCUGGAAGGGAAGCCCCUGCGAUAUCGCGGAGUCCACCAUGCGUUUGUGAAGAUCGUGUCUGAUGGAGGAGUACGAGGCCUUUGGGCAGGUUGGGUGCCCAACGUCCAGCGGGCUGCGCUAGUAAACAUGGGAGAUCUGACAACUUACGACUCCGUUAAGCACUUUUUACUUCUGAACACAUCACUUCAGGACAACAGCAUCACCCACAGCAUUGCAAGUGGAUGUUCCGGGGUGGUAGCGGCUGUUUUGGGUACUCCUGCAGAUGUGAUCAAAACCCGAAUAAUGAAUCAACCAAGAGAUGAACAUGGAAGGGGUUUGCUGUAUAAAUCAUCCACUGACUGCCUGUUUCAGGCAAUUCAAGGUGAAGGGUUUCUGUCUCUAUACAAAGGUUUUGUACCAACAUGGAUGCGAAUGGCUCCUUGGUCCCUGGUCUUCUGGCUCACCUUUGAACAAAUCAGAAGAAUUACUGGAAUUACUUCAUUUUAAGAAUGCGUAAUGUAGCCUAUGAUUAUCCAAUAGGCUAUUAAGCCUUCUACGGGACUUUGGUGUCAAUACGGUUAUUGUACUGGCGGCCAAAGACUAUUCCAAAUGAGUUCCUGAUAUUAGCCUAGUGCCAGAUGCAUCAAGGGGCAAAUGAAAAUAAAAAA